AAGAUCAUGAUGGCGUAUAUGAACCCGGGGCCCCACUAUUCGGUCAAUGCCUUGGCCCUGAGUGGCCCCAGUGUGGACCUGAUGCACCAGGCUGUUCCCUACCCAAGCGCCCCCAGAAAGCAGCGGCGGGAACGGACCACCUUCACCCGCAGUCAGCUGGAGGAGCUAGAGGCGCUGUUUGCCAAGACCCAGUACCCAGAUGUGUACGCCCGUGAGGAGGUGGCGCUCAAGAUCAACUUGCCUGAGUCCAGGGUGCAGGUUUGGUUCAAAAACCGCAGGGCCAAGUGCAGACAGCAACGACAGCAGCAGAAGCAGCAGCAGCAGCCCCCAGGGGGCCAGGCCAAGGCUCGCCCAGCCAAGAGGAAGGUGGGCACAUCCCCGCGGCCUGCCACGGAUGUCUGUCCUGAGCCUCUGGGCAUCUUAGACUCCUACAGCCCCCCUCUUCCAGGUCCCUCAGGCUCCCCUACCACUGCGGUGGCCACUGUGUCUAUCUGGAGUCCGGCCUCAGAGUCCCCUUUGCCUGAGGCCCAGCGGGCUGGGCUAGUGGCCUCGGGGCCCUCCCUAACCUCUGCCCCCUAUGCCAUGACCUACGCCCCAGCCUCUGCUUUCUGCUCUUCUCCCUCAGCCUAUGGGUCUUCAAGCUCCUAUUUCAGUGGGCUGGAUCCCUACCUGUCUCCCAUGGUGCCCCAGUUGGGAGGUCCUGCUCUCAGUCCCCUCUCGGGCCCAUCUGUGGGGCCCGCCCUGGCCCAGUCUCCCACCUCUCUGUCAGGCCAGAGCUAUGGCGCCUACAGCCCCGUGGACAGCUUGGAAUUCAAGGAUCCCACAGGCACCUGGAAAUUCACCUACAAUCCCAUGGACCCUCUGGACUACAAGGAUCAGAGUGCCUGGAAGUUUCAGAUCUUGUAG